AUGGCGACAGACCCCACCACCACCCCACGCCACGGUGCCCUCCACGUCCCCACCAACCCAACGGUACCUACGAGUCUAGCGACUUCAGGGUGCAUCCCUCCCAUUUCACAACACUGUUCCUCCGUUCCUUGUGGGGAACAAUCCACGAAUCCCCGAGAUUGCUACUGGUGUGUGCUACCCAAAUACAAGACUUCCCGACUUCGUGUGUAUUUGGGGUACCUCGGAUGGAUUGCCCUACCUCCAGGUCGUCCUCGACAUCAACAAUCCAACCGUGCGUGGUCUUAUCUCGAAAGCGGUCCGUCCUGGCUUACUCGAAUUUCGCCGAGACAUUGA